CUUCGUUCUAUGCAUGCCAGGUUUUACACUCAGAAAUUUCCACGAUGGCUGCGGCUGGAAAACUUUUUUGUAGAAUUUCGGGUAUCACAAAAACUGGGGUCAGAUCAUGUUACACCAAUACACGGAAAAAUCUGAUGAUCGACAGAAAUACCAAAGUUAUCUGCCAGGGAUUCACAGGAAAACAGGGAACCAUACACAGUCAGCAAGCCAUUGAGUAUGGGACGAGGAUGGUUGGAGGUGUCUCCCCCGGAAAAGGGGGCCAAGUCCACUUAGGUCUUCCUGUCUUUAAUUCAGUUCAGGAGGCAAAGGACAAGACAGACUGUGAUGCUUCAGUUAUUUAUGUUCCACCACCAUUUGCAGCAGCUGCUAUUAACGAAGCAAUUGAUGCAGAAAUCCCUCUAGUUGUUUGUAUAACAGAGGGAAUUCCCCAGCAGGAUAUGGUCAAAGUCAAACAUAAAUUAGUACGCCAGGCUAAGACUAGACUUAUUGGACCAAACUGUCCAGGAAUAAUUAAACCAGGAGAGUGUAAGAUUGGCAUCAUGCCAGGGCACAUCCAUCAGAGAGGAUGUAUAGGAAUUGUGUCUCGCUCUGGGACCCUGACCUACGAAGCGGUCCAUCAGACCACACAAACAGGUCUGGGUCAGACCCUGUGUGUGGGAAUUGGGGGUGAUCCUUUUAAUGGAACCAAUUUUAUCGAUUGUUUGGAGGUGUUUUUAGCUGAUCCUAAAACAGAAGGAAUAAUUCUGAUUGGUGAGAUUGGAGGUGGGGCAGAAGAAAAAGCAGCAGAGUAUCUGAGAAAUAAUAACCAUGGUCCAAAUGCCAAACCAGUAGUUUCCUUUAUUGCUGGUUUAACUGCCCCUCCAGGCAGAAGGAUGGGCCACGCUGGAGCCAUUAUUGCCGGAGGAAAAGGAGGAGCAGAUGAAAAAAUAGAGACAUUAAAAGCAGCUGGUGUCACAGUCACAUUGUCUCCAGCUGAAAUAGGAAAAGAAAUGUUAGAGACACUCUAUCCAAAAGAAGUCAAUGGAGAAAGCGAGGUAUAGACAGCAUUAACAGAGAAUGGAAAGACAUAAUCACCACCAUUGACAAGACAAGAGAUUGUAAGGGCAUUUCAAAUUCAGGAUGAAGAAAUAUGUGGGACAUUUUAAAUGAUGUGUGAUUUGUUAAAUUAUUACCGAAUUAUUAGAAGAUGAGUGUUACAAAUAACUUGUAAUUGAAUGUCAUAAAUAGUUGAUAUAAAAUUUGAUUUUCACUAAAGCCUUACAUCCCAUUGGCAUGUGAUUACAAAAUGAUUGUAAUAUUCAAAAGUAAUGAUCUACAAUGUAAUACACAUUGAAAAAGAGACUGAUUUCAUAUUUAUAAUACAGUUAUUGAUUUAAUAAAAGAUAUAUCUUCCAA